AUGAAUCCAUUUGAUCAAGCACUAACCAAGGAACCAAAGUUCUAUCUCCUGAAUGGGGAAAAAACACUACAAGUUCCCUUCAUGUCAUCCAAUGCAAGACAAUAUAUUACUUGUUAUGAUAGUUUUAGAGUACUUAAACUCCCAUACAAACGUUCAAGAACACAUGGAAAUGCUCGUAGUCCAAGUUUUUCAAUGUAUAUAGUUUUACCAGAGCAACGAUAUGGGAUUGGUGAACUCAUAGCAAAGGAAUUGGGCAUAGUUUUGCCUUUUGAUAAAUCACAAGCAGAGAUUAAGGAGAUGGUGCAUAUUGAUGGCACUUUGAAAUACAUUAAGGUUCAUGUUGACAGAAUUUUUCACAAGUGUUUUGUUGAAGUUGAUGAAAAGGGAACUGAAGUUGCUGCUCCUACUGCUGGGCAUGGGAGGUGUGGCGCCAGUUCUUUCACACCUCCUCCUCGCGUCGAUUUUGUGGCAGAUCAUCCAUUCGUGUUAAUUAUUAGACAGGAGCAAAGUGGUGCAAUGUUGUUUAUGGGGAAUGUCCUUAAUCCUUUGUCAAAUUUUUGA